AUGGUAAAGAAACGGAGAGUUUCACAAAGCGCCUCCGGAAAUGACAGCUCGGACCAAAAGGUUGAGAAGGAUGUGGGCAGCAACUUGGAUUCUCAGCCCUCGUAUAAGCACAACGAUGACUCCAGGCAGCCUUCUGAGCCCGUUUCACUCGAAAAUCGGUUUAAACCCAUGGGCAAACACCUCGGGGAGGGCACGUAUGGUCACGUUGUCAAGGCCGUCGACACACUAACAGGAAAAAUGGUGGCCAUCAAGAAGGUCAAGAACAUCGAGUACAAGAGGGGAGUCACCAAGGACCGCCAGCUGGUCGGAAUGCUGGGGAUCCACUUUACGACACUGCGUGAGCUGAAGAUAAUGAACGAACUCCAGCACGAGAACCUGAUGGGCGUCGUCGCUGUGUACGUCAAGGACGGCUUCAUCAACAUAGUCAUGGACGUCAUGUCCAGCGACCUCAAGAAGGUGAUAGACAGCAAGGUGCGUCUGAGCGAGCCGAACGUGAAGUGCAUACUGAAUCAAAUACUCACGGGCCUGGUGAUACUCCACGAGUCCUCGUUCGCACACCGCGACCUGUCGCCGGCAAACAUAUUCAUCGACUCGGGCGGCGUGUGCAAAAUCGCAGAUUUCGGACUCGCGAGGAAAACUGUGCACCCUCCAGUGCUGAGAGAGUGCACCGACCUCGAGACCAUGGACCUCAACGCCUCCAGGGAGAGAAUGACCUUCAAGGUCGUGACGCUCUGGUACAGGUCCCCGGAGCUGCUCAUGGGCGCCGACUGUUACCAUUUCGCCUGCGAUCUCUGGAGUGUGGGCUGCAUUUUUGCAGAGCUGCUUUCCGGAAGGCCCCUGUUCCCUGGCUCUAAUGAAAUCGAUCAGCUCGGUAAAAUUUAUAACCUUCUUGGGACCCCCGAGGCUAUGUGGCCUGGCUCCACAAAGCUACCCCUCUAUACGCAAUUCACCUUUUCUCAUCCCAAAGAGCUAUCUUCCCAGUUUCCUCAUGCAAAUCCAAUUGCUCUAGAUCUACUUGACAGUUUACUGAAAUUGAAUCCCAAUGAGCGAAUAACUGCCAAAAGUAAUGAUUCAUAUUACAUUCUAACUUGUUUUGAAUAUCUACCUCUCGCUAGCUAUCCUAAAGUGGAAUCUCGUAUUAUAUAUGUAAAUACUCAAAAUUAUUUGCUAUUGUCAUAUAUUGAUAUAAAUUAUAAUAUUUCAAAUUCAAUGACGCUAGAUUUGAAGAGAUGUGUAAACGAACAUGAUUAUUGCGAGAAUCUCAAUUUUAACUCCGAAGAUUCUAACUCGAAUCUUACAAAUGAAAGAGUCAAUAGAAAAUUUUAA